CGGAUUUCUCCUUGUUCGUCUUUCUUUUUAUCGGUGCUCCAUCGUGGGUUGUUGGUUUUCCGCUCCAACCUAACGCUCUUCCAUGGAGUUCAGUAUAACAUGGUUUUUGCCCCUUUCACUGGCGUCGAUAAUCACAAAAAGUGUAUUACUUCUGGUGUGGGUUUGUUGUUGAAAGAGUAUGUGGAAUCUUAUGUCUGGCUUUUUCGUUGUUUUCUAAAUGCAAUGGGUCGGGACCAAAGUGCAUCAUAACAGAUCAAGACCCAUCCAUGAAAAUUGCCAUUCCACAGGUAUUUAGUACAACAUGUCACAUAUUUUGUAUGUGGCAUAUUAUGUCCAAGGUCAGUUCGAAAGUUGGAUCGGUGUUGAGUAAAGAUUCCAAUUUUAUGAAGGAAUUGAAUUCUAUUGUGUGGAGUCAUUACUUGGAGCUAGCUGAAUUUGAGAUGAGAUGGACUAAUUUGAUGAAAGAAUAUGACUUCAUCAUAAUUGGUUCUCGCACAUGUUUGAGAUUAGGAGGUUGUGGAUUCCUGCAUAUUUUGGUGACAUUUUCAUGGCGGGAUUGCUUAGGACUACAUCACGUUCUGAGAGUAAAAAUAAUUUUUUUAAUGAAUUCACAAAUCCUAAUUUCAGUUUGGUUGAGUUUUAUAUGCAGUUUGAGAGUGCACUGGAUUCACAAAGACAUAAGAGUGCACAAUUGACCAAAGUUUCUGAGUCCUCCAUUCUCGAGUACAAGACUCCGUUACAUAUUGAGAGAUAUGCUUCCUCUGUUUAUAAUCAUUCAAUUUUUUUAUCUCGUUCAGAAGGAAAUAUGUUGUGCCUGCUUUUCUUGUGUUGUUCUUAGUCUUGAACAUGAAGGUUGCGUGUUUAAGUAUAUUAUAUCAGAUGAGCGAGGUUUUAAUUUCACUGUUGUGCAUAAUACUAGUGACGGUACUACACUUUGCUCUUGCAAACAUUUUGAAAGGCUUGGGAUAUUGUGUCAUCAUAUAUUUUAUGUAUUGAAAGAUAAGAAGGUCAAGGCAAUUCCAGAUAGGUAUGUGUUACGUCAAUGGUGCAAAGAUUCAAUUAUAAAGCCUGUGAAUGCAUUCGAAGAUGGUGUUUUUCAGCAGUGUGUUGAAAGUGAAGAACAAACCCUAACUAUGAAGACAUUGUGGUCUGAUAUUAAUUUUUGUAUUGGAAUGAUUGACCAGCAACCUCAUUUGUUGAAGCAAUUUUCAGAUGCAAUUAAGGUGCAAAAAUAAUUAUUGUCUACCUCUCAAACAAGUAGUGCAACAACAACUUCUAAAAGAGAUGUCAUCAAAGACUUUUAUGGGUCAUCGAUUCCUACUGAAGUGAGCGUGCAUCCACCUCAGCAAGCUCGAAAUAAGGGUUGUGGUAAGAGACUUAAAGGUGGCAAGGAGAAGGCAAUUAAAG